CUGAACCGAGCGCGCCCUAACUCACGCGCUCAUCCAGGUGUUCUUCAUAUAGAAACUGAGUGUUGGGAUUUGGACAAAACAAAGCUCAGCAAACGGACAGAAGGUAGAAGAAAAAAAAUAUUUGACAUUCGAGUCAGUAAAGAGGGCUUCGUGUUUUCCCCAGUUUUCAUUGAGGUGUCCGAAAGCGUGGGGAAAAGAGCAGGGAAGCGGAUGCGAGUGCGUUCGACUCGACAGCGUCUUCAUUAGACGCUGGAGAUGAAGUUUACUACCAGUUUGGAUUACGGAGCCAUGGAGAAACGAGCCAGGCUGCUGCUCUCGCUGUUCUUCAUCAUGUCGAAGUUAUGUCUCAGUGAGCACCAGGUCCUCCGAAUCGGGGGCAUAUUUGAAACUCGGGAGAAUGAGCCAGUGAGCGUGGAUGAGUUAGCCUUCAAAUUUGCUGUGACCAGUAUCAACCGCAACAGAACACUAAUGUCAAACACCACUCUGACCUACGACAUCCAAAGAGUGAACUUUUUCGACAGUUUUGAAGCCUCCCGAAGAGCAUGUGAUCAGUUAGCUCUAGGUGUUGCUGCAGUGUUUGGUCCUGCUCACAGUUCUUCAGUCAGUGCGGUCCAGUCCAUCUGUAAUGCCCUGGAAGUCCCUCACAUCCAGACACAUUGGAAACAUCCCUCUGUGGACAACAAGGACUCCUUCUUUAUAAAUCUCUAUCCAGAGCACAGCUCCAUUAGCAGGGCCAUUUUGGAUGUUGUGACCUACUAUAAGUGGAAAACUAUAACAGUUGUCUAUGAAGACAGCAUAGGCCUAAUGCGCAUGCAGGAGGUGAUCAAAGCCCCAUCCAGGAAUGGUAUGAAGGUGCGUAUUCGCCAGCUGCCCACAGGGAGCAGUGACGCUCGUCCACUUCUCAAGGAGAUGAAGAAGGAGCAGGAGUUCUUUGUCAUCUUUGACUGCUCCUACCAAAUGGCUUCUGAACUGCUUAAACAGCUAAUGUCAAUGGGGAUGAUGACUGAAUACUACCAUUUUUUCUUCACUACUUUGGAUCUCUUUGCACUUGACCUGGAGCCAUACCGAUACAGUGGUGUAAAUAUGACUGCUUUCCGCCUGCUAAACCUGGACAAUCCCUAUGUUGCAUCUGUUGUUCAGAAAUGGAGUGGGGAUUGGCAGUUUGCCCCAUACAGACCUGAAAGUAGCCUGAUGAGUGGCAUGAUGACUACGUCAGCCGCUCUCAUGUACGAUGCUGUGUUCAUGGUUGCCGUUGCAUCCCAGCGGGCCAGUCAGAUGACAGUGAGCUCUCUGCAGUGCCACAGGCACAAACCGUGGCGGUAUGGACCACGCUUCAUGAACCUGUUUAAGGAGGCUCAAUGGGAUGGUCUGACAGGACGCAUUGUCCUUAACAAGACUGAUGGACUGAGGAGAGACUUUGACUUGGACCUCAUCAGCCUUAUGGAGGAAGGUACAACAAAGCAUUUAGAUGACGGUGCACCACGUCGUACAAAAUUGUGGACAAAGAUUGGGGUGUGGAAAUCAUACACUGGUCUAAACUUGACCGAAACAAGGGACAGCUCUAAUAACAUCACAGAUUCUCUAGCCAACAGAACUCUGAUUGUUACCACAAUUCUGGAGAACCCGUAUGUAAUGUAUAAGAAGUCUGAUAAGGUGCUUUAUGGGAAUGAUCGCUUUGAAGGCUACUGUUUGGAUCUGCUGAAGGAGCUCUCCAACAUUCUGGGAUUCAGCUAUGAGGUCAGGCUGGUGUCGGAUGGCAAGUACGGUGCCCAGAAUGAUAAGGGAGAAUGGAAUGGAAUGGUCAGGGAGCUCAUUGACCAUGUAGCUGAUCUGGCUGUGGCACCUUUGACCAUUACUUACGUGCGAGAGAAAGUCAUCGAUUUCUCUAAGCCAUUUAUGACCCUAGGGAUUAGUAUCUUGUACCGUAAACCUAAUGGCACCAACCCAGGAGUCUUCUCUUUCCUCAACCCUCUCACCCCAGACAUUUGGAUGUAUGUGCUGCUGGCGUGUUUGGGAGUCAGCUGCGUGCUGUUCAUUAUUGCUAGGUUCACACCAUAUGAAUGGUAUAACCCUCAUCCUUGCAAUCCUUCAUCAGAUGUGAUGGAAAACAACUUUACGUUAUUAAAUAGUUUGUGGUUUGGAGUUGCAGCACUCAUGAGGCAAGGGUCAGACCAGAUGCCCAAGGCUUUAUCCACCAGAAUUGUUGGGGGUAUUUGGUGGUUCUUCACAUUAAUCAUCAUAUCAUCCUACACUGCUAACCUGGCUGCCUUUCUCACCGUGGAGCGGAUGGACGCUCCAAUCGAUUCAGCUGACGAUCUAGCCAAGCAGACCAGAAUAGAAUAUGGAGCAGUGAGAGAUGGUUCCACCAUGACUUUCUUUAAGAAGUCAAAGAUCUCAACAUACGAGAAGAUGUGGGCAUUCAUGAGCAGCAGGAAGAACACGGCCCUGGUGAAGAAUAAUAGAGAGGGCAUCACACGUGUCCUCACCACAGACUACGCCCUCCUUAUGGAGUCUACCAGCAUAGAAUACAUUAGCCAGAGAAACUGUAACCUCACACAGGUUGGGGGACUCAUAGACUCCAAAGGCUAUGGAGUAGGCACACCUAUAGGCUCACCUUACCGGGACAAGGUGACCAUUGCUAUUCUGCAGCUGCAGGAGGAGGGCAAGCUCCACAUGAUGAAGGAGAAGUGGUGGAGGGGGAAUGGCUGUCCCGAGGAGAACAACAAGGAGGCCAAUGCCUUGGGAGUAGAGAACAUAGGGGGUAUCUUCAUUGUACUCGCUGCUGGCCUCGUUCUCUCUGUUUUUGUGGCAAUCGGAGAGUUCGUCUACAAAUCUCGCCAGAACAGUGAUGUUGAGGAGGCCUUUUGUUUCUAUUAUGGGGUUCAGUCCCGGCAGCUGCAGAGACGGGAUUCACCCUCGCUCACUGGCACAUCCAAAUCCACAGAUUUAGAGAGUGGGCACCUUCUUGAGGAUGAUUGCAUUUUUUUCAGUGAGCUGAUGGAGGAGCUUGGAGUCUCCUUCAGGUGCCACAAAGCAAUGAGGAAUAGAAGAAGACCACGAGGGAAAGCAGUACUCACAGGAGUCUUAUGCAAUUCCAAACGUUUCCUGAGGAAAGAAUCUUGAAGAUCUGACUUCAAAUGACUUGGCAAAGAAUUUCAUUUUGUCAGUUGAAUUGAAAUUAAUAUAUUAUUUUUUAUUUAUUUGAACAUGGGCAUAAUGUGUAUAGCUCAUUUUGUGGUAGUGGAACACAUCUUGGUGUAUCUGUUUAGUACAUGGAGUUAUUGAAUGAAAAUGGAGUCGUAAUCGGGAAAGUAUCAGUUAUUCCACUGUAGCAUUUUUGUGCCCAGUCCUCAUUUUUCAGAUUAAAAAGAGGUUUUGCAUAUUUUAACCUGCACCCUAUUAGUCUAUAUGAAUUAAAAGUUGUAUACAGGUCUUGGUAUCCACAAUGUGUACAGAAAAUAAGUAGACACAGUGUCAAGGGAAUUUGAGCACAAGCCAUUUCAGACUAAUUUGAUGUUUAAGCUCUGACAAUUCAGUACACAGUUUCUGAUAUACACAAAGCAUUUCCCUAAUGUACCGACCAGACUGGUGUUAUUUGCAAAGCUCAGUGGUCCUCAGUAGAGGCUAUAUAUUAAAUUGCAAACACAAUCCCACACAAAUUUGCCUUUACCGAAACCCUGAAUAAUGCACUCUUAAAAGCUUUCAUUUAAAAUCAAAUGGCUGUUAAUAAGACAUCAGCAGGAAUUCUUGGCAUUCAUUGUUAUCAUGAUUAUACAGGAACCAUUUAUCUCAAUCAAAACCAGCUAUGUUUUUUUUUUUUUGUUUCUAGGAAUAUGUGCAUAAUUUGUUCUUAUAUGGCUCAGAUGGAAUAGAUUUUCUCUAUACUAUGAGAAGAAAACCCGUUAUGACGGAAAUGAAAGAAACCUUUGGUAUGAAAUUGUUGACAGACAUUUACGUACAUGGGUGCAUAAGUUGAGACACAUGCACUGGUUUCACAUAGGUUUCCUCCAAGUGCUAUAGAAAACAAGAUCAACUUCAAAGAGAUCGAGGAAGCCAUUCAAACAAGCAGAUAAGAAAUGCUCAAGGCUGUUCAGAACUAGCCAUAUGUAUCAAAGCCAUGAGACUCGGGUGAAUGCACCAAGAAAACGCUUCAAGGAGUCUUCACUCCAUAAUAAUUAUUAAAUAGAUUAAAAUAUGUUGGCCUCUGCUGGGUUUACACAAGAGCUUGCAUUUUUUGAAGGAUGAGAGAUGGAGAUAAAAUAUGAAAUUACAUAUUGCAUGCCAUAUUAUCCUGUAACAAUCCUGUCAUCGCCAAAGUACAGUAUAUUUCCUCUGAUAAUAAAUGUGAUCAGUUCUAGCAUGCAGCACACUUGGAGUCUAAAGACCCAGUGGCCUAAUUGAUUAUACAGAUUCCGGGUAUGUGCAGCGCAGUGGCUGUAUACUCUGUAGAAGGCACAUAUGGUGCAGAGACGUACAGAAUAAAAGAGCAUUGUAGGGUUCGUGUGAACAGAUUGCAGGGCCGGGUCUAGCUGCUCCUGCUAUAGUUUCCAUCUGUUAAACCAGUCAGGGGUAUAUUUUCAGUUAAACACUCCAGAUGGCUGUAUAUUUCUAACCAUUGAAAAAUAUUCUUUGUCCAAAAGCAAUUCUUUAACUUUGUCAGUGCUGUCAGGCUCAAAACCAUGGGCACCAAGGCUCAAUCGUCAAGAUUCUGUGUUAGUGAGAGAGCCCCUUCAUGGUGGGUCAAUGAAAGUAAGCAGCCGAGGUGUGUGUGAUGACUGUGUUUUGCCUCCAUGAAGAUAAAAGUGUCUACUGAACAAGCAUAAAAUCUAUUUUGCACAUAAUUCAUUUUACGGAAUUUUAUUUCUGUAGCAUUUUUAACAGUGGGCAUUGCCAAAAAAGUCACUGAGCUCUUGAAUGGAAUGGCACUGGAAUAGUGUGUCUGUGGAAAUUGCAUGGCUAUGUGCUUGAUCCCAUGCACCCGUUAACAACAGGUUUAGCUUGAACUCAGUUUUUAGGGGGUGUGCCCAAAUUCUUUUGUCUUUAUAGCUAUUCUUUUGCGCUUUACAACAGCACUGCAAGUACAGAGUAUAAUUCACAUUUACCCAUGAGGGAUAUUAUGUAAUCAUGUUGGGACUGGUGCAAACAGAAGCAGAAGAAGGUAUCAGCAGCAAACAGUGUACAAGAAAAUACAAACCUUCAUGUAAUUAAUGUUGAGACAUUUGUGUGCUCAGAGAUUUGGAAAGCCAGGCUGGUUUUGGAAGACUGCAUUUGUUAAAAAGGAUAGAACAACAUGAAAACCAGAGAGCUGUGAAUGGGAGAAAAGUGGAGAAAAGAGGCAAAACCAAUUAGAGUCAUUGCACAGGUACUGGGCAUAAUCAAUGCACCAAUUUGGGGCAGUGGUGGCUCAAGCAGAUAAGGCUCUGGGUUGUUUGUUUGGUACACCAAGCCCCUUGAGCAAUGCCCAUUACCCUCAAUGCUCCAGGGGUGCUGUAUCAUGGUUGACCCUGCACUCUGAACCCAAAUUCCAAAGUUGGGAUAUGCAAAGAAAGAAUUUCACUGUGCUGUAAUGUAUGUGCCAUAUAAAGUCUUCUUCUUCAAAUGUCCUGAAAAAGAAAAAAAACUAUUUGUGUACCAACAACCAGACAUUGAACAGCUCAAUCAAGGAAACCUCCACAGGGCGGGAGUGAAGGUCUCACUAUCCACAUUUGAAGAAGACCUCAAAAGCAGAAAUACAGAGGCCAUACCAUACCAAAAUGCACACCACUCAUCAGCAGUAGGAAUUAGAAAGCUAGCUUUGAAUUUGCAAAGAAUUACAGUGAUGAGCCACAAAAGUUCUUCAACCAAGAUUAACCUACCAAAGUGAUUGAAAAAACAAAGUGUGGAUAAUGGAAGAAAAGAAGAAAAAAAGACAUUAGAUGGCUGCUUCUUGACCCGAGUUAUUAAGCUUUAUUGAUGACUUAACUCAUGAUGGUAGCAGCAGAAUGAAUUCAGAAGUCUACAGAAACAUUCUGUCUGCCAAGUUACAGAGAAAUGCAUCCAGUCUAAUUGUGAGGAACUUCAUCAUGCAGCAGGACAAUGAUCCAGAACACACUGCCAACACAACAAAGUACUUCAUCUAUGGGAAAAGUGGAAGGUUUUAGACUGGGAAAGUCAAUCAUCAGAUUUUUAACCAAACUGAGCAGUUUAUCACCUCCUGAAGAAGACACAGAAAGGAGAAACCCCCCCCCUAAAACAAGAAGAAAAAAAGAAAAAAUGCAAGAGUUUUGCGAUGUCCUUGGGUUGCCAUAAUGAUGCAGUUAAUGCAAGCAAGGGAUACGCAAUCAAACAUUAAGUUACCACCAAAAAUUGGGUGGUCUGCCUCCAAACGUUCCAUGGUUUACACAUCUAGAGAUCAAGAAACACACAAACACAUGCAACACGUCCAACCAUGCUGCAAAUAGUCUACAGCAGCAGAAAACCACAUUGGGUCCCAUCCUAUCAGCCAAAAACAGGAAUCUGAGGCUUUACGAAAAACAGUUUCACUGAAACUGGAUGAAAGAAGAUUGGAAAAAGCUCAUCUGCUCUUUCACAAUUCUGCAGACUUGUAGUCUUAUACUAUACUAUGUUUUUGUAUGAAAAAAGCCAAGUGACUUUAGCAUAUUUCAUCUAUUUCAUUUGUACAUGUUUUAAAAUGUCUAGUAUUCUGUAAAGUUAACCAGAUGCCUGGAUGUCUUAAACAAUCAUGUUUGUGCAGUCAUUUAUGGAGUUUUAUUAGUCCACAGAUCAGCAGAAAUUUCAUUUUUCUUUAGGUAACUUUAGAAGAAUAUAAUACAAGUCCUGCCAUGCUGAAAUACUAGUCAUCUUUGAUUAAUAUACCCCAUGUAAAACAUAUUGACAUUAAUCACCUUAUGGGUCUGCUUCAACAUUUUAUUUACUUCAGAUUUUUCUACAUGCAGCCACAUACACUAAAGCAGACCAUCUGGCUGCAUGAAAAGCAGCUCUUUCAAUCACAGUCAGAGAACUCAUAAUGCACAUUAAUCACUGUAAGGUCAUACACAUAUAGCAAAAUAUCAUUAGUUCAGUCUGGCCAUAGAUGGACAGUGUAAUAAUGAGGCUGGCCUAGUAAUUAAAACGAUAGGUGUUCAAAAGCUGGGAUCAAUGUUAAUAGCUUUUAUAUAUAUAUAUAUAUAUAUAU